AUGCGUUUCUCUUCCAUCGCUCUCGCUGCCGUUGCCGCCGGCACUGCCUUUGCUGGCAACCACAACCACGCUCGUCUCCACAAGACGCACAAGCCCCGUGCUUCUACUCCUGCUGAGGUCGAGAAGCGCGGUCUGAUCCUUGACGCCAUUCACGAGGCCGAGAUCAUCACCCUUGGUCUGAUCUCCGCCGGCAUCAACUCCCUCGACGGCACCGACGCCGACGUAUGGGUUGGUGACAACGGCCAGUACACCAACGACUUCAUCAACCAGGGUGACGACGACGUCGUCGUUGUCAUCUGGGGCCCUGCUGCCUCCUGGGUCAACGUCGAUGCUCCCCUCGUCACGGCCACGGUCAAGGCGGGCUCCAACACGACCGUCUCCUUCAAGGACGGUGCCAGCGGCGCCUGGGCCGUCAUCUACAAGGACACGGAGCUCGUCAACGGCCAGAUCUCGGAGACGUGGGGUGAGUACACGUUUGGCGAGUGGGGUGUCGUUGACGUCUCUCGCGAGGUCAACAUGAACGGCCACAGCAUGGCCAUCCACGGCCCCAAGUGCAUCUCGGACAUGGACACGUGCGUGUUCAAGUGCAAGGGCGACGCCGCCAACUGCUGGCAGGAGUACGAGCUCGUCAACUGCGAGAACGGCUCCCAGGAAGGCGCCACCAACGGCCUGUCGUACGGCGCGCCGUCGGGUGGCUGCGGUGGCAUGGGCAGCAGCGCCGCGCUCAAGACUUACAUCAACUAA